CCUGACUGAACUCUGCUCAGUCCUGAUUGCUGCAAUUAUAGCGAAGAGAUGGAGGCAAUCCUCAGUGUUCUCGGCUUGGAGUGGUUAGAUGGCAGAGGUUUAUUGAUAUUUUUUUGCAUUUUUCUGCUGUUGACUGGUAUUUUGACGAACAGAACACCGAAAAGCUUCCCUCCCGGACCGUUGGCUCUACCUUUCAUUGGUCAUCUUCAUCUCCUCCAACCUAGAAGACUUCACCUGCAGUUAACAGAGUUUGCAGAGAAAUAUGGAAGCAUCUUCAGCCUUCGUCUCUUUGGUGGAAAGGUCGUGGUCCUUAAUGGCUACAAGCUUUUGAAAGAAGCCCUGGUCCAACGAGGAGAAGACUAUGUAGAUCGUCCCUCUAUACCGGUGUUUGAAGAAGCAUUUGGGAAUAAAGGCAUUGUGCUAUCAAGUGGCAAUCGAUGGAAGCAGCAGAGGAGAUUUGCUCUUCAUACACUCAAAAACUUCGGUCUGGGCAAGAAAACCCUUGAGCUAUUCACCCAGGAGGAGUGCCGAUAUCUCACAGAGGCUUUUGCAGAUCAGCAAGGGAAGCCUUUUGAUGUCCAGACACUGAUAAACAAUGCUGUGUCCAACAUCAUCUGCUGCUUGGUGUUUGGGAAUCGAUUCGAGUACACUGAUAAGAAGCACCAGACUAUUGUAAAUAACUUCAGUGAGGCACUGCAGUUGCAAGGAGAUUUCUGGAUCCAGGUUUACAACAGCAUGCCAUGGCUGAUGAAGUGGAUGCCUGGGCCUCAUCAGAGGGUACUCAAUCUGAUGAACCAGAACGCUGACUUUGUAAAAAUCAAGAUUAAAGAACACAAAGAAACCCUCGACCCUUCAUCUCCGAGAGACUACAUUGACUCCUUCCUCAUAGAAAUGGGAGAUAAGGAGAACGAAGAUGCUGGUCUUGAUCUUGAUAAUUUGUGCUUUUGCACUCUGGACCUGUUUGGUGCUGGAACUGACACUACUGCCACUACUUUACGCUGGGGGCUGCUGUACAUGAUGUAUUACCCUGACAUACAGAAGAGAGUCCAGGCUGAGAUAGAUGCUGUGAUUGGUUCAUCCAGACAGCCCGCCAUGACUGACAGAGAAAACAUGCCCUAUACUGAUGCAGUCAUUCAUGAAAUACAGAGAAUGGGCAACAUCUUCCCGCUCAAUGCGGUCCGCAUGGCAAGCAGGGACACCACACUGGAUAAGUACACAAUCCCAAAGGGCACCAUGUUAUUGGCUACACUGAACUCUGUCCUGCACGAUGAGUCGAUGUGGGAAACUCCACACUCCUUCAACCCUCAGCACUUUCUGGACAAGGACGGGAAAUUCAGGAAGAGAGAGGCCUUCCUUCCUUUUUCUGCAGGUAAGCGGGUGUGUCUCGGGGAACAGCUGGCCAAGAUGGAGUUAUUCCUCUUUUUCACCUCCCUACUUCAAAGGCUUUCAUUCUCUGCACCUCCUGGAGAGAAACUCAGUCUGGAUUUCAGCCUGGGAAUCACUCACGCUCCCAAACCUUUCCACCUCUGUGCUAAACCAAGAUAAACCACUGAGUUCCACUACAUUUAUCUUGCAGUUUUUUAAGAAUUUCUUCUGUAUGUCUUUCAUUGUCUAUAAUGUGAGAAAAACAUAAUUUGGAAGUAUUUUCAGCCAGUAAAUCUUUUCAAUAAAUCAGUAUGCAUUGCUAAAGUAAUCUACUGCAGACGUGAAAAAAACCCCAUUUAUAUACAUUUGUAAAGACCAUGCAUGUCAUGGCGGUCUUGAGUGCUCAGUCACUCCUAGAACUCUUAAUUAACCACACCCGACGGGUACGUCGGCGGGGUUAUUGCAUUCGGUGCAGUAUCUGGCUGGGUAAUUAUGUAUGUAUGUAUGUAUCUAUGUAUGUAUGUAUGUAUGUAUGUGGCUAUGUCCGGUCCGAUAUCUCUGCAACCGCUGAAGUCAGGAUAAUCAAACUUGGCACAUAAGAUCAGUCUAAGGUCUCCUGCUCAGUUGUGGAUUUACAGGUCAGCAGAUCAAGAAGGGAGGGAGAUACGUACGAUGAUCAAAAUUGAUGCAUAUUCUAUCAGUUGUAUAGGGAGGACAGGGUUUUUGCCAGCAGAGGGUGUGGUUCUUCCCUCUACUGAGGGCUCAUCUAGUUUUUUUGUGAUGGAAUUAUUCAAACCCCCAUUUUUGUCAUGACACAAUAUAAGUAUAGUGAGUGUAAUGAGUGCAUCAAAUGGGCCCCAUUUAAAUUGGCUCAAAGAACUCAGCAGCUGUAGUCGCUGUAACCACUCACAAGAAGGUAACAUUUGAUUAACUGUGUAAUGUCUAUACUUUAAAUUACUGUCUGCAUAUUUUUGACCCAGAACAUUUUUUCAUAUUUCCAGAAGACCUAUAAUCUAUCCAUGAAAGCACCAAAAUGUAUGAUUGGUUUUUUUUUUCAUGACAAAGAUGCAUGUCUUCCAUUGACUUCAUCACAGAAAAUUAAGAGUUCAAAGAGAGAUUAAUUCAAGACUGCUAUGAUAUGCAUGGUUUUUACAAGUGUAAACUUUUGGUCAUGUCUAUAUAUUCAAACUUACAAUAAAAUUAUAUUAACAUUCCAGUUGUUAACAGAAAUCAGUGGGAAUCACGUCAGUCCUUUCCACAGCACAUUGAUUGUGUUAGACUAGAAAAAACAUGUUUUGUGUGUAAAUCAAUGAAACUGAGACAAUUUCAUGUUUCUCAUUCAGACGGCUUUGUGUUAGAGUUCACACUGUAGUUUCAAUCAGACAAUUUAUGAUACCCGCUGUUAUCAGCAGUAUCCUGCAAGUGUCCUGGAUUCUUCAAUCAGACUUUGUGAAAUUGUAAGUUUGUAUGACACAAAAUUUGAAUAAAAUUUAAAGUCUUUCUGAA